AGAUGUGAAGCUAUUACUGGGAAUAAAUAAGUAAUCAAAAUUACAAAUUAUUCCUAUAGUUUAAUUUUCAUAUAGCUAGUAUAGAUUGCACUUAUUAGCUGGUUGAAUGAUGAUUAGUUGUUAGCAUUAUACUCGACCUCGCCUAUCAUUUUUCUAUUAACCUUUUAAUUUCAUUAAUGUAGCCACAAAAUCUUCACAAGAAGCCAUAUUGUUGAAAGCAAACGAUGAAUAAGCAAACUUCAAGCUGGUUUAAUGUUGAAAAUGUGCCUCAAAAUUACAUAUUUCCAGAGGAAGACAGGCCCGGAAGCCUCCCUAUUCCAGUAUGUGAUGCCAUUCCAGUAAUUGAUCUUGGAAAAUCACCAACCGAGGAAAUCAUGAAAGCUUGUCGCGAAUUUCGACUUUUUCAUGUAACUGAACAUGGAGUCCCAGAGGCUGUAAUAAGUGACACAAUGAGGGUUGUUAAGGAUUUUUUCGAACUGCCCGAGGAUGAGAUAGCUAAAAUUUCUAGUGAAGGUGGCUGUGUGUACACUAGCAGCAAUUGCUUCGCCAAAGAUGGGGCACAUUUGUGGAGGGAUUGCUUAAAACACCCUUGUCAUCCUCUGGAACAAUGCAUUCCUUAUUGGCCACAAAGGCCUACGGAAUACAGGGAUGCCUUGGCUAAAUAUGUAGGAGAAAUAAGGAAGCUGAGUCUGAAGAUUCUUGAGUUAAUAUCAAAAGGUUUGGGACUGGAAGCAGGGUAUCUUGGUGCAUUGAGUGAGGUGCAAAUACUAACAGCAAAUAACUAUCCAGCAUGCCCUGAUCCAACUUUAACCUUGGGACUACUGAGACACUGUGACCCUAGCCUCAUAACAAUUCUGUAUCAAGGAGACAUACGCGGUCUCCAGAUUGUUAAGGACGGGCAAUGGAUUGGGGUCGAAGCUCUGCCUAAUGCUUUUGUUGUUAUUUUAGGCAACCAGUUAGAGAUUAUAAGCAAUGGCAAGUUGAAGAGUACUGAGCACAGAGCGGUGACAAAUCCAAAUGAAACGCGAAGAUCAAUUGCGACGCUUAUUAAUCCUUCUCCUAACUGCAUUGUGAAACCCGCAGAUGUUCUGGUUAAUGAUCUCAGUCCCAGCCUUUAUGAACCAACUCUUUACAAAGAUUUUGUUCUUCGGUCCAAAGGUUUUGGUGCGUUUACCAAAAGUAUACAAAGUUAUAUCAAAUCUGAGACUUAGGAAAAAUCAUUUCCGGAAGAGUUGUGUAUCAGUGAUGAGGAUUCUGCUGUUAGCCUGCAUUACUAAUGAGUGAUGAGUAGUGGCUUUAUUCCAAAGUUAGCAAAAUAAUUUACGAGAAUAAAUUUUAAACUUAAUGGGGUAAUGCGUAAUGGUAUAUUAUUUCAGCAU